GGGGAGCUGUCCAGAGGUGUUCAGUACCCAACCGAGUCAGCUCAAUGUUGUUACUGUCAUCUUUUGACAUCAUUGUUGUUGACACCAUGAAUAUUCUGUAGCACCUCACAGCAUGGUUUCAUAAUCUCCUUCAGCAGUGUUUGUCUGCCUUUUAUUAACUCAAUAUAUUAUUUGCUGAAUAUCCACUUCAUGCCAGACACUGUGUUAGACAUUAGGAAGAUAACAUUAGACAAAGCAGUUAAAGUUCACAAUGUCAAGGUCACUGCUCCAAGAGAUGAAAAUAAAGAAAUCAUCAAAUCAUAUAAUUUCAUUUAGGGAAACCAGUUAGGAAGUAAGACACGGGGUUAGGUUGGUUAAGGAAGGAAGAAAAGCCAAAAGGAGGUUGAUGGCCAAAAAAAUUGAGGAAUCAAGAGACUUGGUAAACACAUGUAAGUGUGAUGAGGAAAAGGAGUUGUAUUUCUGUAAUCACGUCCAUCAAGGUUCAAUGCCUUCCAGAAGGUCCCUGGGAGUUAGAGCUCUAAAUGGAGUCAAAGUGAAGAUCUUUGAAGAUCGGGAGGAUGAGAAAUUUUGGUGCAGAGUUAUUGGAUGUUCAUCUGUGUGGAGUCUGUUAUGAUUGUAGUAGGAGUCAGAGUGAAGGGGAAGAAGAUUGAGCAAGACAAGGGGUAAAUAAAAGAUAAUGACAAGGAUGGAAAAAGGUGACAGCGAUGAAGAAUAAAUAGAAGAUUGCCUGAGCCUCAGAAGAGGCUUUGUAUAGAGGUGAAAGAGGAAUGAUCUGAAAACAGAGUUUGACAUUUUGGCCAAGUGUUAUGAAAGUCCAGCUUGCAUUCCUUCUUCAGGUGUGUUUUAAGUACCUAGAAAGGCAUUUGUUGAAUCAUCUAAAUGAAAUUAUUUUUCACUUGAUGAACAGUUUUUGUUUUGUUUUAGUUAAUCUUUUGUUUUGUUUUUUCCCUACCAACUAUUAUAAGUUUGAUGCCAAGUAAUAUUGGUCAUGUCUCCUGGUAACCAAUAUGUCUUGCGUUUUAAGUACUGGAAAAGAACUAUCGAGGUCAUUUACUUUUGGGUCCAGACAGCUUUAAAGCUUUUCCCUUUGAAAGAAAGAUAUUCAAAUCUAGACUUUAGGGCCAUAGGACUGAGAAGUUUUGUUAAUUCAGCCCGUAAGAAACAUAGGCUGCCUAUUGCUGAUAGAUAAUUUCUCCUCUUCUUGGAGGGAAGGCCUUCUCAGAAAAAGAGGAUUCAAGAAAAGAAGACUCAACACCUUGGUUUACCACUAUCAGUCAUGAGGAGGACUGAGAUCAGUUGUGUGUUGGGAAGUUGCGUGACACCAACUCCUUUCAUGGACACCUAGUUUUUUAUAUAUAUAUUUGAAAGCAAAGUUUAAUAUCUAAGAAAUUUACAAAAGGCAAAAGAAAAAAAGAGGCAAUUUUAAGAGAUGGCAUGAAUGAAAGUAUUUGCCUCAUGGGAAUAUGUGUAAAUCUUUCCCCCUCAGACCUGAACUGUGUCUUCAAGAUGCCAUGGAAAAUAGAACAAACACCAUGCUGAGCUCCGCCGUGAAAUCCUGCCUUUAUUCUCUUAGAUGAACUGACCAGAUGUGUUUUAACUGCUGGGUGCCUCAGACUAUGAGGUCAGCAAAAUGUCCUGUUGUCGUAAUACCUAACACAGGAAAAAGGGUUAAAGUGCCACCCUGAGUGUCAGAUGACAUGGACCUUAGUCUUGCCUCCACUGCUAACUGUAGCUGUGUGUGACUUGGGACAAGUAAUUAAAUUCUCUGGGCUUCAGUUGACGCACCAGAUUUUCUCUUGCACACUCAGAAAUGAAUUUAACUAUCCUAUUUUAUGCAAGAUACUGUCGGGAGGAUGUCAGUGUUCACAAAAUGGAUGGGAGGCUAGACAACUAGGCAUUGAGAGCAGACGGGCAUUCUGGGAAGAUCAGGGACCAGAAGCAGACUGACCCACACCUCGCCACUCGCCCCAUAAUGAAUGUGACCAUCCCACACAGAGGACAGUUCCCAGCUGGCCAAGCAUAGGCCACAUGCCAGCUUCCUGCAGCCCCUUACAGUUUUGCAAUUGGAGGCCAUCGAGAUCAUGCACAUUUGGGAGGAUUCCCAAAAAGGAGAUUAGGGUGACACUAGGAAGUGGAGAUUUAUUGCUGGGCAGCCAAAAAUACCAAGUGUCAACUCAGAUGUGCCCCGUCUGUAAAGGUUGGAUUGUGUGACCAUUGGUAAAAUUAUUGAUCUUAUGUUAUAUUUCUGUCUGAACAUUUCUAAGAUGUGCAUGGUUAAGGCAAAAAUUGAAUAGCUACAAGAUCUUGCCAAUAAGUGAACAAAGUGAACAAAAAAAAAGAAUUUUCUGGUUUUUGUUCCCCCGCCCCCACCACCACCACCAUUUAUGGUCUGUAGGGGAAGAAACUAGGCAUAUUGUUGAACAAGCAUACCUUUUUUUUCCUUUUUGUAAUCAUAAAAAAGUUGGAAAGGGGAAAAACAAAUAGCUGCAUCUGAGUGUAAUUGUGCUGGGCAUUGUGCAAUAGUUUAAGUUGGAAAAUUAGCUUGAACUAAAAUGGUCUGAUGGUUGUAGUUAAUGAGUAAGAACUAGAAUUCUAAGUUAUUUUCUGUUUUGCUUGUAAUCGGUGGACUAAUGUGCCCCAGCCUCUGUUUGCCUGCUGAUACAAAAAAAAAAAAAGCUGAUAAGGAGAGAAGUAAUCCUGCUACCUGCAUUCAUAGGCCUGUGCCUGGUGUCUGGGAAUUAAUGCCCUGGGGGAGAGGCUUCCAGGUAUUGCUUGUUACUCUAGUAUUGUCACUUGACUGUAUGGCCAUGGGUGAUGGGGGUAGGAUGGGGAAUAUCUAAUAACAAAGAAUGUCUAAUUACGGUAUUUGGUGUGAAUUUUCUCUCAGAAUCUAACUUUAUUCAGGAUUACAAAAUCAGACUUGUUUCAGUACCUGGAGGCAUGCUUUUGACUUUUGAAAUCAGGUUUCAUACAGUGGCACAAUGACCUUUUCUUCCCUGUUUUUUGGCUUUAGCCAGUACAACCCUGGUGGCAUAGCGGUUAAGAGUUUGGCUGCUAACCAAAAGGUCGGCUGUUUGAAUCUACCAGGUGCUCCUUGGAAACUCUAGAGGGUAGUUGUGCUCUGCCCUGUAGGGUCGCUAUGAGCCAAAAUCAGCUCGUGAGCAGUGGGUUUGGUUUUCUGGUUUAGUAGGCACUCGUGCUGACCACCAACUCUCUAGGUGUGGGCUGUAAAAGAAGAAAUUAAUUUCUGUCAGAAGAUCGUAGUCCCUUAGCCUCUGGUCUUCUAAUUGAAUCUUUUUACUACAAAAUUCUUCCCUUUUUGUGCAAUAUGACCACAUAAAGUAGGGACAUAAACUCCUUUCUACCCAGUGGGAUUGACAGAAGCUGCCCUGGUGCCUUAAAUCUGAAAAUUAAACAACUAAAUACUCAGAGAAAGCUAUGGGAGGAUGGUGUUAGUAGGGUGGAAUGUAUUUGAAAGACAAAAAUGGAACAGCUUAGAUUAUGUGUAUUUGAAUUUAACAUAAAUGCCAACCAACUCACUUUGUUCAAAAAUAUUAUAUAUGCUCAAUAUUACACAAUAAUUUGUCUAUGAAUUCCUACUUCAGACAGAAAUACCAAACUCAAGAGUUUAGCAUUACAAGCAUUAUAACGUGAAAAUCUACUUCCUUCAUUUUAAUACUGAAAUAAAAGUGUUAGACCCACUUUCUGAAAUUCGAUUACCCAUAGUAAAUGAUCCAUUUCUUAUUAUGUUCGUUGUAUAUAAACAGAAGAAUUUGUAUCCAACUGACAUUCAGUAAUUUGGCCAGGUGUGUUGCUGCUUUGUUUUGCUUCCUUGGCUUUCCUGUUGGUCGUGGUUGAUCACCCUGGUCACAUUCCUCAAAGAUUAUUCCAACCUCAGAACAGUUAAGCAUUUUCUCCCCUUAGUUGACCUUUUCCUGUUCCCUUUGCCCGAGAAGAAAUUGCCAGUUAACAGAUUUCAUAUUCUGGUAUGUGAUUUUGAUCAGAAGGAAUUGGCACAGAGUGCUUCCCAAAAUGUAUUUAAAAGCAGUCGGAUAUUUGCUUUUCCGUAAGAUGUAUAUUCUUGGUUGAUUCAGCCUUAGCUGGUUUUGACCUUCUGAUAUUUUUUAGAGUACUUUCUUCCUUUUUUGAUGCUGAAACUCUAGUACCAUUCCCAGUAGAAGUUAUAGUUCUUUUCUCUACUGUUCAUCCCAUCUGGAUUCAUCUCCGAAGACUUUACUUACCCUGGUUCUUUUCAGCCACAUGUUCUGCAUUCCCCUUAGUCGUCAUUCCCCGCAGUCCCUCCUUUCUGUUUAUGGCCUUGGUUCAGGGGAGGAAAAAAAAGAAGAGAAGACUUGAAAUCUAGAUGGAUUUCAGUCCUUUUCUCUCAUUCCUGUAUCCUACUUUUAAAUUCUAUUCUGUCUGAAAGAUCUGUAGGGAAGACAUUGUAUUUCAUCCACCAUAAAUUAUAUCAUAAAACUAGAACAUUAUAGUAGAGGGCGAUUCAGAGCAUGAACUUUCAAGUCAGACCUUGGUUUGAAUCCUUGCCCUGAAAAUUAUGAUCUGAGAAUUACAAUCUCUGAGUUCCUCCGUCUCUUAUGUGUAAAUUGGGGGGUAAAAAUAACACCUACUUCAUAGGAUUGUUGUGAGGAUUAAAUAAAAUAAUGUAACGUGCUUAGCACAGCGCCUAGCAUACAGUAGGCAUCUAGUCGAGUUAACUGUUACCUACCCAGAGUCAUAGGGUCGCUACGAGUCGGAAUCGAUUCAGUGGCACUGAGUUUUGGGUUACCCAGGGAUGACUUUCCCUUUGUUGAGCAAGUGAUCUUAGGGCAAAGAAAGGGAUAGAUGUUCUUCAAUUGUGUUCUGAUAAAGACUCUGGAGACCUUCACUGUCACUCAGUUAGAAAGGUAAUCCUGUGUCUUUUCUUAUCAAGCUGCUAAUUACUCUCAGUCUUGAGAUCAGAAGAGAAAGGUAUUCUGUUUAUCUUGUUUCUUCCUUAAUAUAGGGGUUCUUAACUUCUCUUGAGUUUGUGUUUAACGGAGGCGUCUGUAAUCACAUACAGUUGGCUGCAUAGAGUUUACUGGAGAAGUCCCGUUUCUGGGCUAGACUCUAAAAAAAAAAAACUGGUCAAUUCAGAAACCAUCUGAUAAUGUUCAUUUGCUUUUCUAACCAAUUUAGAGACCAACUCUAGGUCAAUUGAUUCUUCAGGCAGCUGUUUCAGAAAGACUAAUAGUUACACAAAUGAAUCUCCUUUUGUUCUAACUGGAAAUGCUAAGCUUUUACCUUGCACUGAAGUACAUGUGAUUGAGUUUAUGUAUAGUUUUAUGCAAAUAAAGCAUUAUUUACCAAGUUCAACUUGAUCCACCUAAACUCUGGCAGUUGUGAAUUUUAUUUUGUUUUGUUUUUUUCCGCUUCCAUGCCACUGUGCUGCCGUCCCAUCUUUGAUAGCAUUUGUAAAGCUUUGAAUUUUUUCCGUUGAUGAUAAGGGAUUUUUGUAAUCAGCCACAUUCUCAUUCCUGGUCCCCUUGUGACCAACAGUAUGCCACUUUUGUGAUAAUGAGGGUCGUUAUCUGGGGCCACAGAAUAAAGAGGAUUGAUUGUGCCGUUCCAAGUGGGUCUGCUGUGGCUCUCUGGGAGCCCAGACCCCACCUCCCAGGGCGGUCUCCUGGCCCAGCUGGAUCUGCUGUGCAUUUUAUUCUGUCAGAAAGGUUCUUUGAGAUUUGUGUAAACAAUCGAAGUAGAAAGGCGUCUUUUCCCUCAGGCUGUAUGUGAUGUGAGUCUGACUUCUAGUCUUUCUUUUAUAAUCAGGAAUUAUAAAAUUUCCUGAUUCCAGGCAACUUCGAGUUAACCAAGGGCCCUGGUCCCCCACCUCUGAACCCCACUCGUGAAAGCACUACAAUUUAAAGAACACAUGUAGAUAAUGCUUUAAAGCAUAAGUAAUAAAUGUACCUGAGAACAUAUUACUGAACUCCAAAAACCAGGAAAUUAAUUCUUAAACUGGUAUUUAUCAAAGAGAAACUGCCUCCAUCUCACAAGAGGAAUGACUUGAGUGUGAUCAGUUGUUUUAAGCUCUCAACAAACACAAGUUCUUUUGUAGAUGUACAGAACCACUUUUUUUUACUGGAAGCCAAAGUGUCCAAAGCUAUUACUUGGCCUGAUAAAUAGGUAGGUUAUUUAGCCUUUAUUUUAAAAAUGUUUUCAUUUAGUAAAGCAGACAGUUGCUGUGUUGGCAGAAGUGUGACUUUCAUUUCCUGUCUGUGGUGUGCUCCACUCAUCCUGUCACUCAGACGUUUUGUUUUAGGUCGUUCCCGGUAUGUGAGUGACACAGUGGCCCACAGCAGGGCAACAUGUGCACACCACGGAUGUAACAAGAGACAAAGCUUGUGCAACAGACCACAAGAGCGCAAUGCUUUAUUUAAAGAUGAAAACAAAACAAAAUCAAGACAGCCCCUCCCAACCAGCAUGCAAAUUUUUAAAGUGGCGUCUGUGGAUUCUUCUGAUAUUUUGUUUUUAGAAGAUGUGUUCCAGUCUAUUGGGCAGGGUACCACAAAGGUUUAUCAGCUUCGUGUGACUCCAUUAAAAAAUAAAAUUGAGUGAACGACUGACAGCAGCAUUAUAGAGCUGAUUUAAUUUUGUUUGCUCAAUGACUUCUCAUAACAACCUCAUUUUGUUAACCCUGUUUUACAAAUAAGAAAAUUGAGGCCCAGAAAAUUUCACUCAGCAUCAGCGAGAGCUUUCUAACCGUCAAAGGUGCUGCCCUUUUUCUACCACGGGGGAAUGGAUCGUCCACACCAAGAAUCAGCCACAGACGCAACAAGCAUGCAGGUGAUCUCCAACAGCAUCUUCAAGCAAUGUUCAUAUUACUCCGCCCAGAAGACAACAUCAGGCUGGCUGUGAGACUGGAAAGUACUUAUCAGAAUCGAACACGCUAUAUGGUAGUAGUUUCAACGAAUGGUAGACAAGACACUGAAGAAAGCAUUGUCCUAGGAAUGGAUUUCUCUUCUAAUGACAGUAGCACUUGUACCAUGGGCUUAGUCCUGCCUCUCUGGAGUGACACCCUAAUUCAUUUGGAUGGUGAUGGUGGGUUCAGCGUAUCAACAGAUAACAGAGUUCAUAUAUUCAAACCUGUAUCUGUGCAGGCAAUGUGGUCUGCCCUGCAGAGUUUGCACAAGGCUUGCGAAGUGGCCAGAAUGCAUAACUACUACCCAGGCAGUCUGUUUCUAACAUGGGUGAGUUAUUACGAGAGCCAUAUCAACUCAGAUCAGUCCUCAGUCAACGAAUGGAAUGCUAUGCAGGAUGUGCAGUCCCACCGGCCAGACUCUCCUGCGCUCUUCACAGACAUACCAACUGAACGUGAGCGAACAGAAAGGCUAAUUAAAACCAAACUAAGGGAGAUUAUGAUGCAGAAAGAUUUGGAGAACAUCACAUCCAAAGAGAUAAGAACGGAGUUGGAAAUGCAAAUGGUGUGCAACUUGCGAGAAUUUAAGGAAUUUAUAGAUAAUGAAAUGAUAGUGAUCCUUGGUCAGAUGGAUAGCCCUACACAGAUCUUUGAGCACGUGUUCUUGGGUUCAGAAUGGAACGCCUCCAACUUAGAGGACUUACAGAACCGAGGGGUGCGGUAUAUCUUGAACGUCACUCGAGAGAUAGAUAACUUUUUCCCAGGAGUCUUUGAGUACCAUAACAUCCGGGUAUAUGAUGAAGAGGCAACCGAUCUCCUGGCCUACUGGAAUGACACUUACAAAUUCAUCUCUAAAGCAAAGAAACAUGGAUCUAAAUGUCUCGUGCACUGCAAGAUGGGGGUGAGUCGCUCAGCCUCCACUGUGAUUGCCUAUGCAAUGAAGGAAUAUGGCUGGAAUCUAGACCGAGCCUAUGACUAUGUGAAGGAAAGACGAACCGUGACCAAGCCGAACCCCAGCUUCAUGAGACAACUGGAAGAAUACCAGGGGAUCUUGCUGGCAAGCAAACAACGGCAUAAUAAGCUCUGGAGAUCUCAUUCAGAUAGCGACCUCUCAGACCACCACGAACCCAUCUGCAAACCAGGGCUGGAACUCAACAAGAAGGAAAUCACCACCUCAGCCGACCAGAUUGCUGAGGUAAAAACCAUGGAGAGCCACCCAUCCGUACCUCCCGUCUUCGUGGAACACAUGGUACCACAAGAUACAAGUCAGAAAGGCCUGUGUACCAAAGAAAGAAUGAUCUGCUUGGAGUUUACUUCUGGGGACUUUCAUCCUGGACAGAUUGAAGAUGAAUUAAACCUAAAUGACAUCAAUGGAUGCUCAUCAGGAUGUUGUCUGAAUGAAUCAAAAUUCCCGCUUGACAACUGCCACGCAUCCAAAGUCUUGAUCCAACCUGGGCAGGCCCCAGAAGUAGCCCACAAGUUUGCAGACUUAACAGUGGAAGACUUAGAGACAGACGCACUGAAAGCAGACAUGAACGUCCACUUACUGCCUAUGGAAGAAUUGACAUCUCGACUAAAAGACCUCCCCAUGUCUCCUGACCCUGAGUCACCGAGCCCCCAACCCAGUUGCCAGGCAGAGGUGUCAGAUUUCAGUACAGAUCGCAUUGAUUUUUUUAGUGCCCUAGAGAAGUUUGUAGAACUUUCCCAAGAAACCCGGUCCCAAUCUUUUUCCCACUCAAGGAUGGAAGAAUUGGGUGGAGGAAGGAGUGAAAACUGCCGACUGUCAGUGGUAGAAGUCACCCCUCCUGAAGUGACAGCUGAUGACCAGAGAAGCAGCUCUUUGAGCAAUACUCCCCAUGCAUCUGAAGAAUCUUCGGUAGAUGAGGAACAGCCAAAGGCAAUCUCAGAACUGGUCAGCCCAGACAUCUUCAUGCAGUCUCACUCAGAAAAUGCAAUUUCAGUCAAAGAAAUCAUCACUGAGAUUGAGUCCAUCAGUCAAGGAGUUGGACAGAUUCAACUGAAAGGAGAUGUCCUACCCAACCCAUGCCAUACACCAAAGAAGGCCGCCAUCCAUGAGCUGCCCGUUGAGAGGGCCCAGGCCUUGGAAGACAAACCUGGGAAUCUGGAGCAGAACAGGGGUUCCUGCACAGCCCAGCCAGAACUAGCCAAAGACUCAGGGAAGUGGGACCCCGAAGGCUGCCUAACCACACGUUCAUUCACAGCAGACUUGGAAGAAGAAGAACCAGCUGAGGGGGAACAGGAGCUCCGUGGCCCAGGGAUGCACCCAGGUGCGAAGUGGUGCCCGGGCUCAGUGAAGCGAGCCACACUGGAGUUCGAAGAACGAUUGCGGCAAGAGCAGGAGCACCAUGGGGCUGCCCCUGUAUGUACCUCACUGUCCACUCGUAAGAAUUCCAAGAAUGAUUCUCUUGUGGCAGACCUAGCACCAAAAGGGGAAAGUGAUGAAGCCACUCUGGAACAUUCCGUUGUCCCCGAGGAAUCAGAGAUGAGCAAGGGCAAGGGGGAGUGCAGUGGAUCUGAGGCUGGCUCACUGCUCCCUCCUGAGCAGGAAGCCAUCGUUCCAGCAUCCAAGCUGCUGGAGUUUCACCCCUUGCCAGCUCCUCAGGAUUACCCAGGGUCAGAUGCUAGAACACAGCAGGACAGAGUCCCAAAGGAGCAGAGGACUGUGCUUUUAUGCCAGGGCUCUGAGACUGAGGCAGUCCCUCUUUCCCUUCCCAAGAGGAUAGAAAUCAUUGAGUAUACCCACACACUUAUGUCACCUGGUCCCCCUGGGCCCGAGGCUGAAGGAGCCACCACCAAAAAGAGUGGGGAGCAAGGGCUGAGGAAAGUGAAAGUGGAAAAGUCCAUCACUGUGCUCAGUGCACUGGAUGAAAAUCUGAACAAGACUCUCUGCCCCAGCCAGGUUUCUCUGCGCCCCCAAGUGCUACCUCUGCUGCACUCGUCCUCUCCUGACCAUGACAGGCCCACCAGCCCAACCUCCACCCUGAGCAGCCCUGAAAUUAGGAGCAACAGCCCAUCAACACCCCUAGAGACAGCAGCGCCUUUUGUCAGUUGCGCAACCCAUGUACCCUCUGCUAACGUGGAUUACCUGCAUUCCCAAACCGUGGUUCACCUGGAGGGCUUCACAGAGCAAAGCAGCAGCACAGACAAUGAGCCCUCCACACAGCAGGGUAGAUGGGAAGAAAGUCAGGAGGGCCCCCUCUGCAGUGGCGAUGAGGUGCCACAUAAGGGCUCCCAGUUAAGUAGCGAAGACCUAAGUUUAAUUAACAAACUUGAUGACAAUAUUGAGGUGUUACAAGAAAAACUGGACCCAUCACCCGUAGUCUUUCGACUACCACAUAGCUCCAGCAGUGACAGUGUAAAGGGUCUCAGCCACAGCGCUGGUGUGGUGAAGGAACGUGCUAAAGAAAUUGAGUCCCGAGUGAUUUGCCAGACAGGGCUUAACAAACCAUCCCAAAUGAGGCGCUCAGCAUCCCUCGCCAAGUUAGGUUACUUGGACCUCUGUAAAGACUGUUUUCCAGAGAGGGAACCCAUCUCAGAAUCCCCUCAUCUCAAACUGCUUCAGCCCUUCAUCAGGACUGACUCAGGCAUGCAUGCCAUGGAGGUCCAGGAGCCCCCAGAAAACCCAGGUGUCCCCCAGAACCCAGAGCCCACCAAGUAUUUUAUAGAGCAACUCAAAACAACAGAGUGUAUCGCUCAGAGCAAGCCAGUGGAGAGGCCCCUUGUGCAGUAUGCCAAAGAAUUUGGUUACAGUCAACAGUGUUCGCUCCCCAGGUCGGGACCUCAAUUGACUAGUUCUGAAGGAGGCCCUCCUUUGCUACAGACCCAGGGACUACAGUGUGCAGGCCCAGCUCCAGGACUGGCUGUGGCGCCCCGUCAGCAACACGGCAGAACUCACCCCCUUAGGAGACUUAAAAAGGCAAAUGAUAAAAAACGGACAACCAACCCCUUCUAUAAUACCAUGUGAUUCUGAGCCUACACAUAUGACUUUUGAAAAGAAAUGUUUGUACAAGGGGCAGGUGUAAUAUAUAAGGAACAUGCACUUUAUUGGUUAAUUUUAUAACGUUUUGGUCAUUUUACUGUUCUUGGCGCAUGCAGGGUUUGGGUCUUGUGUGUGUGUCUGUGUGUGUGCAAGAGAGAAAGAGAUUUGGACUGCAAGACCAUUUUGUCAUUUUUUUUAUUUUUUAAAAAUUCAAACCUCAAAAAAAAACUCAUUUUCAAAGAACACCUUUAUCAAAGGCAAAUUGCUGUUUUUCAGUCACCUGCCACCUGCUUAUCAUUUUGCCCUCUGAGAGAAGGCGUGCUUGCUCAACUGAGGGCAGGAGGCAGCUGGGUAGGGUGGAGAUGAAGUUGGAAAUCAAAGGUGCUCCCCAGGGUCUUUGUGAUGAUGGUUUGGUUCCCAGACCUGAGGCAGCGGAUGAACUGAAGAGCAGCCAGACUGGCGGCAGAGUGCUCUCAGCCUCCAUCUCUAGCCCCAGCCCGCUGGAGUUAAUGAGGUGCACAGGUUCUGCUCCGCUUUAAAAGCGACUUUUCCAGAAUCCAUUUUUUCUGGUAUUCCAGAGCCUGUCAUUACAAAAAUGAUAACAGACAGCUUUGUAAAUUUACCAAGCAAAUCGUUUUUUCCCAAGCAAAUAGUUUUUGACAUUAAAAGUGAACCCCAAAUAAAACCCAGGAAAAGGUCUUCUGUAGAAGAAAGCGUGACAAGAGGAGGAGGAGGUAAAGUUGUGGAUGGAGAGGCUGCUGCCUGGUAACUUCUGGGUUGGUGGGAUCCACACAAGUGGCCAUCCUGGCCUUCCCAGUCCUCCCAUCUAAAACACAAUAGUGACAAGUUUGUAAAACAGCAAUUAAAACUCAACGUGUUCUUGCAAAAUGAAUAACAUCUGUAGGGUUUAACCCUUCCAUUACUUGAAUAAUUCUGUGGGCCUUUUGAGUUUAAUGGCCAUAUUUUUUUUUCCAAUGUACUUUCCUCCCCCUUGCUAUUUCCCCAGUGCUGCCUGUGGUGGUUUUUUGUUUUUUAAUUUCAUAGAUGAUAUUUGAAUUGUUACAUGUGUAUAACCUCCAGUGAAAGCAAAGUUUUCUACGUUAUCACUGUUAACACUUGACCUAAGUUUUUUUUUUUUUUCCUCUUGGUCUUUUCCUGGAAGGUUUGUCAUUUCUCUAAAGUUUAUACGCAGUAUUUAUGUACAUAAUGUUGUCACUUGCUUACAGUGUUUUGUUGUUGAUGUUGUAGGAUCUUUUCAAUUUAUUCUUUUUAAGAAGGAGUUAAGUUGCAACUGGAAAACACACAAAGACACCACAGGAAUAAAACUGCUGGGUGUUCGUCGAAUCUGCACAGUAUAUUGACGGUGGUUUUAAUUGCUGAAAGGGAGACUUCACAUCUCCAGUUCCUGCCAAAUUCUGUGUUAGUAACUUCCUCCUCAGAGAAACCCCUGAAAGCUCCCAUUAGAUCACAGGUUGACUGAAGAUUGAGUUCUCUGAGGCUGAAAUCCCAGAACACUGUGUGCCAGUGGCUGAACUGCAGCCAGGGAGUUGGUAGGGGUGUUACGGCUGCCCCAGGUGGCAGCUCCUGAUGGUGGCUGAGGCAGUCGGGGAGGCCUCGGCCAAGGGCGAACGCCUGGUAACGACUCCUUUUAGCAUGCUGUAGCUUUGCUGCUGUUCUGGAUAUUGUUACCACAAGCGCACCUGCCAUAAACAAGCCUAUUUCAGCUUCUUACAGAAAAUGUAUUUAGUCUGGAGUGAAGUACCCUCAGAAGCUCACCAAAACAAAGGUGGUUUGCAAAUUUGCUUCCUGUUUGUGUUGGUUGAUGUCCACAUGGCUGAGAUUGACCUAGUGGACUUCAGACUUAGGUUUUUGGUUUAUCACAGCACUGAAAGGCAAAGGCAGAUGUAGAGACUGUCAAGUUGAUGUCAGAGAGCAGAGUUCAGUGGGGGCAAGCAGGGGGGCUACCCACAGGAGAGAGGAAAGGUGGACUGAGGCUACUCUUAGGUGCUCGAGAAGAGCUUUAAGUCCAGUUGCCAUAUGGAACUGUGGUUGGGACUGAUGUCACUGCCCGGAGGCAGGUUGGGCAGAAACCACCUGUUAAAAGUGUCUUUGUGGUGUAGUGGUUAUGUGUAACCGUGCUGUGCCUAAAUAGCUUUCUUAAAUGUUGAGAUGUAUCAUCCAUACAGCUUGGUGAUUCCUGGCUAUUUAAUGUGUUGUAAGGUGUUUUUUUAGGUGGUAUGUACAAAUGUGAGGAGGCUAGUGAGACAGGGUUAUGAAUUCCCAAGGACUCACCCAUCUGAAGUGCCCAUUUUGCUGUGGCAAUUCCACCACCAAUAUGAUGGGAAAGACAGGAAGCUGAGACAGGGGGCAGGGAGAAAUUUGCAUGGAAGGUAAGAAAAUGGUGUCCACUGAUGUUAACCCCUGAGAUGGUGACAUUGCACACAUUUAGAGAUAAAAGCAGUAUCAACAUUACGGCACUGUUCCCUUAUCUCCCCUACCACUGUGUUUAGUGCUCAUGCUCAUUGCAUUAAAGAACAACAAAGCUGGGAAGAAACCCUCUAAUGCUGUGAAAAACAAGCUUUUUGUUUAAAGAGUAAACGGUCUUAUUCUGCCUUCAUUUUGCUUUUAUUACAUUUUUUAUCAUUUCAUUGACCUGCCUAAAUAAACACCCUUUUACACACAGGGUCUGUGAUUCAACCAUGCCAAGGAGCUUUGCCACCGCUCUCAGAAUCCCACAGUUGGGUCUUCUUGUUUUAUUUAUGUGACUGAGCAUUGUCCUCGGGAGGUGUAUGAUGAGGUGUCAGGGACUCUUCAGACUUUCUUCUCUUCAAACUCUUUGAUAAUCUCUGCUGGCCUGUUUCCCUCUUCUGUUCGUGGAAUAUCCAAACCUGGAACGGCAGGGGUUUGGUAGAUUUCACAAACUGAGGAGGAAAAGCUUUGGCAUCUCGCCCAUUGCCUCUAUCUGUAUCUCAGAAACCACCAUCAUCUGACUCUCAUUUACCCUGGAGGGUGUGUGUGUGCAUACUCUCGUGCAUGCUUGGCUGCACACAUAUGCAUGAAGAGUAAGAUUUUGGUGCGUGGGCCAAAAGCCCCAGGAGCACACUGGUUUUGAACUAUAAUCUGGGACGGUUACCUGGUCAGUAUGAAAGGAGAGAAAUCCUAGCCCUUCUUGCAAACACUUAGGAAUAGUGUGUACUGUAGUAGGCUUGGAGUACUGUGGGAUGGUAAUAGUCAUCUCUCUUUUUGGUUGCCUUUCAGAUUCUAAAAGUUUGGGAUCAUUCCUAGCAUCUUGGCCUCUUCAGGCUCUUUAUCCAGAAUUUUCCUGGUUCUGUACCUUUAUCCCAGCUGGUAUUUUCUCUUUCUCAUUUUCAGGACAGCCCAGGCUCUGGGGUCCUCUCCUGUUCAUGGGCCCGAGACAGAUGCUGUUGGCUAGGCCUGAAGCUUCCUAAGAGAAGUUGCUUUUCUAAGACAAAGCAGCUUGCAGAAAUCUUCACCUGUUCCAUCUGAGGGUUUCAGUUCUGAAGUGACCUAGGCAUGUUUGGUAAAAAUGUUUUUGUGGGAGUUGUUUCUUGUUCUUCUAAGAAAACAUUAUGUAAAAAGGAUCACUUUUAAAGGGCAUUUUAAAAUUCUUAAAGCCAUUCUUUGGCAUUUUGGACACCUGUUUGUGGAUACUUUGUUUACAUUGUGAGUAUUAAAACCUGUAUCAUCUUGUCGGCUGCCCAGUCUCCUUCCUCUCCAGGCACCCAGCAAUGGCUGUCCUGUGAGUCCUCACACAGAGCCAUGUCAUAGGGGUCAGUCCUCAUGGAUAAGUGGGCAAAACCUGGAGCUGAUUUCCACCUGUGUCCUGCGCCCCCAUACAACACUCUGUGUAGAAAAUAGUCGCCGUUUCCUCAGUGAUGGUGUGUCUUACAGUGAUGGUUGUAAUGGUGAAUGGCUAGUGUCAUUUUUGUUUAAUUUUGUUUUGCUUUUUGAUGGUAGACAAGGUGAAAUUUUAGCUGUUUCAUCACCAAUCCAACUUAAAAGCAUUUUGGACUUUGUUUUCCCUUCCAAACUAAAAGUAAGAUGAAGGCAUGUAUUAGGUACACGUGUGAUUUGCCGCCCCAACUCGUAUGACACC